AUGUCUAUUAUACGACCUAUUACGAAUGACACUGUGCAUAGAAUAUGCUCUGGUCAGGUAAUCACAGAUUUAGCAUCAGCGGUUAAAGAACUGGUCGAAAAUGCUCUUGAUGCUGGUGCGACAACCAUUGAGGUUCGCUUUAAGAACUACGGUCUGGAUAGUAUAGAGAUCCUGGAUAACGGCUCGGGAAUUUCCAUUGAAGACCAAGAAUCUAUCGGGAAAAAACAUUAUACCUCAAAAAUUGAAGCAUUUGGAGAUUUAGAUACUCUGGUGACAUUUGGAUUUCGUGGAGAAGCAAUAAGCAGUCUUUGUUCUGUUUCGGACGUGACAAUUACAACUGCAACUUCUCUCGAAGCUCCAAAAGGAACUCAGCUAAAAUUAAAUCAUGAAGGGUCCGUAAUAAGCAAAUCUACGGUUGCUUCACAAAAAGGAACUAUGGUAUCCGUUAGUAACCUCUUCUCUACUUUGCCUGUUAGAAGAAAAGUCUUUGAGCGAAAUUGCCGUCGCGAUUUUUCCAAGUCAAUUUCUUUACUCCAAGCAUACGCGGUCAUUUCUAUAGAAAAGAAAUUUGUAAUAUUUCAUCAGACAAAGGGGUCAGGGAAAGUUGUCCAACUUUCAACAAAUAUGAACUCUGACAUAAGCUUAAACAUUAUGAAUUUAUUCGGUACAAAGAUAUCUUCGAGUUUAAUAAAAUGGCAAGAUGGCUUUAUAGAUGGGUACAUCUCAAGGCCGCAUGUGGGAUCAGUUCGAUUGUCUUCCGAUAAACAAAUGGUUUUUAUAAAUGGACGACCUAUUCACCUACCUAAACUAGUGAAAGCAAUUCAAGAGGUUUUCAAAGCGUAUAGCAUGUCUCAAGCCCCCUUCUUCGCCAUUAACCUCACGUUAACUGAAGGAACUGUCGACGUAAAUGUUUCUCCAGAUAAAAGAUCUGUUUUUCUUUCUGAAGAAAGUACUAUCAUAGAUUUUGUUAGAGAUUCUUUGCAGCGAUUAUGUGAAGGAACUGCACAUUCCCUAACAGAAUCCAAGCUAAAGCCUUCUCCGGCUACACCAUCUUCUAGUCCUUAUGAAAUUAACUUUACAUCUUUUUCUAGUCAACAAAGUUCUUAUGAUAAAUCUCAAGUUUCGGACUUCAGCAAGGAGAAUGACUUGGUUGAUCCGAAUACAAAUGAUAAGGGGUUUUCCUCAAGACAUAAAAGAAAGCUCUCAAAUUCAGAAGAAGCUAAUGAAAACGACGAGAUGGGAUCUUCUUUAUUGAAUAAGGCUUCUUCCAAAACAUAUAAAACACAGUGCGAUACUCCAGAUAACAAUAUAGAAAGUCGACUUUCUGUUUCUAAUGAAAAAAUGCGCCAACGUUUGUCAACAUUUGCUUCAAACUCAAUUCCAAGGAAACCAGAAGUGAGGGAAAACUCCGUAUCGUCCCCUUCGCCUUUGAGAAGUUCGACUUCUGUAUCCUUGACAAGUACUCCAUCAAGCCGACCUGAGCCGUCGUCAUCACCUUUUCCGAAGAGUUUUCCUAAGUCUCCAUCAGUAGUUGAUGAAUAUGUACUACCUUCCUCUUCUCCUGCCGAAGUCAAUGAAAACGUAUUCUCUUCUAGCCCAAUUGCACCCAAGACGUCUGCUUUACAAAAACGCAAGUUUUUCCUUGGAAAACCAAGGGAUAAUCUAAAUAACUUAAAGGAGACUGUUGAUUUUUCUUUUGAUAAAUUGAAAAAUAAUCUGAUUUCGGAUGAUGAUAUUUCAAAAGAACCAGCAAAACUAGGCUUAAUCCAUGACAUUUCUGAUGAUAAUCAGGAAGAACAUUUAAAUCUUAUCAUACAUAAAGCCGAUUUUAUGAAGAUGAAAAUAGUUGGCCAGUUUAACAGAGGAUUCAUAGUAGUCAUCCACAAAAACAAUCUUUUCAUCAUAGAUCAACAUGCAAGUGAUGAAAAAUUUAAUUAUGAGCGACUUAAGGAUAGGGUUAAAUUGCGACCGCAAGAAUUAGUGGUACCUAAGCAGCUUAAUCUUGCAGCUACAGAGGAAAUCGUUUUAUUCGAGCAUAUGGAAAUGAUUCGUGAAAAGGGAUUUGAAAUUCUUGUGAACAUGGAAAAUCCCGUAGGAAAGCGCUGCAAGUUAAUAGCAGUUCCUUCUGGGAAAAGCGUGGUCUUUGAUGUGGGAGAUUUAUUAGAGAUGUUAAAUCUUCUGUCGGAGCAUCCCCAUAUAAAUCCCAUAAGUAGCAAGCUAGAAAGAAUGCUUGCAUCGAAAGCUUGUAGAAGUAGUAUAAUGAUCGGUCGAGCCUUGACGAUAUCAGAAAUGACUACGGUAGUGAGGCAUCUUUCAGAAUUAAGUAAACCAUGGAAUUGUCCCCACGGGAGACCGACUAUGCGGCACCUCUUCCGUAUGAAAGAUUCUCUUUGA